ACACUCAUGCCCACCAUCUCUACUGUGGGAACACAGCGCAACAACAAGGACUGUGAUUCGUUUACGAGGAGAAGAAGAAGAAGAAGAAGAAAGAUGGCGGCGUCCUCAAUGGCAGGACGCGUUUUGACUCUUUGCAAGCAGUUUCAAAAUGUGUUCAGAAUAUCUUCGGGGAUAAAUGCUAAAAAUGCUGCUGUUAAUUUGGCCAAACACUAUUCUCAUCUAUACAGGGAAACAUUUCCCUUCAUUCUCCCAUCUUGGUGCAGCCCCAUCAGCUCUGUGAGUCAGUACCGAACUCUGCACACAACCAUCAGCAGGAGAGGACUGGACGAGUUCUUUGAUUUCCCUGAGAACUGGGGAGAGGAAACUGUGAAGUCUGGUGCACCGUGGAGUGCCAAACAUCUGAGAACAAAGAGCAAUGAGGAUUUACAUAAACUCUGGUAUGUACUCCUGAAAGAAAAGAACAUGCUGCUCACACUUGAACAGGAAUCAAAAAGGCAAAGGGUUCCGAUGCCAAGUCCAGAAAGAUUAAGGAAGGUUGAACGAUCGCUGAUCAGGCUAGAGACCGUGGCAAAGGAGAGAGAGACAACACUGCGCCUGCUGCAGACAGGACAGGAGAAAGGAAGACCAGGAGCCUGGAGGAGGAAUGUACUGGGAUACAUCUACUGGUAUCGGUUCAAAGAGUAUGCUAUUCCUUGGUACAUGAAUACAAGGUACAUGCGAAAGAGGUUCUACACGCCCAAGUUUGUCGAGCCACAUAUAAGGUUGCGUAUAGAGAAAUAUCUUCGGGACAAGUACAGGAAAACAAACCUGAAGAAGAGAACUCUCGCCAAACUAAAGGAGAGGUUUCCUCACAUGAAGGUUCCCUCAUCAUGAAAUUUGAGGCUCCUGUUUUGCUAAUAAGGAGACUAACAGUUGUGAGCCUGGUAUCUGCCCAUUCACAAACUUCUCUCCAUAUUUAAUCUGCCCAGAUGAUUAUGGAUAAACUCAGCAAUUCGGACUCGGCGCCAUUCAAAUACCUGAAGAUGGUCUGAAACUCUUCACUGUUCAGUUAUGCUACAUCACCCUGAAUUAUUUUUCUCAUUGUUUUCAUACUUAUUAAAACUCUGAUACGGAACAUUUUUCUCCUCAGUGUUUUGAGUCUAAGGUUAAUAAUUAAAACUACAGUAUGCAACUUAACAUAGCACCAGCAUGAAAAUCCAAAAUCAAUCCACUCUCCUCUGCCCAGCACUCCCUCUCUCUGCUCAGCUCUUCAGAUACGUCAUUAUGAAAUUACAGGAAAUGAGAACAGAACAAAACUUGCUGAUCAAACAAAUUACUGGUAGUCUGAUGGGUUUUGAGCAGGAUCGUCCUCUCUAACCAAUCACAAGGUAAUGUCGCUGCACUGCUGCCAGUGCUGUUCAAUGAGUCUGGGUCACAGCACCUCUC